AUGCAAGACAGCAGUCGGCAUGACCCUUUUCGUGCAAAUAGAAGGUGGCGUUCCACGAUACGUGGUGGAGGAGAUAGAAACCCCCCGCCUAUCGGCGAGUGCCCUGGAAGUAGCGAAAUCUCAGUUAGUCAACCUGACCUCAUCAUGGGCCUUGAAGCCCUUGCUUUGCAGUUCUUCCUCACGGCAAUUGAGCCAACGGACGCGGACGAGAACGGGCCGGGUACACCAGCUCUCCGGUUCAUGGACUUGCGGCACACUGCCACGGCUCCAACAGGGGUAGCGGACAUUGAGGACAUCAUUGUGGUCCGCAAAAAGGACCGAACGGAGAGAUCGACUAUCGGUAUGUUCCAGGGCCGCUCAACAUCUUUGGUGACUACAUGUCGCGCUGCUGCGACCAUGGAACCAAUGACGGGCUGCAAAUUUGCAGCAAAGAAAGCGCUCCAUAUACUACAGCGCUCCCACCUGCCAGUGAUCAUGUAUACCGAUCGCAAGCCGCUGCUCGACAUCGUGCGAUUGGCCGGGAAGUAUACCGAAAACGACAAUAUGGAAAGUCGUCGAAUUCUCCUCUCCAUACAUAUUAUGCAUGAAGUGGAGAUCGACUAUCGCCGCUGCUCGACAUCGUGCGAUUGGCCGGGAAAUAUACCCAAAACGACAUUAUGGAAAGUCGCCGAAUUCUCCGCUCCAUACACGUUAUGCAUGAAGUGGAGAUCGACUAUCGGUAUGUUCCAGGGCCGCUCAACAUCUUUGGUGACUACAUGUCGCGUUGCUGCGACCAUGGAACCAAUGACGGGCUGCAAAUGUGCAGCAAAGAAAGCGCUCCAUAUACUACAGCGCUCCCACCUGCCAGUGAUCAUGUAUACCGAUCGCAAGCCGCUGCUCGACAUCGUGCUAUUGGACGGGAAAUAUACCGAAAACGACAUUAUGGAAAGUCGUCGAAUUCUCCGCUCCAUACACGUUAUGCAUGAAGUGGAGAUCGACUAUCGGUAUUUUCCAGGGCCGCUCAACAUCUUUGGUGACUACAUGUUGCGCUGCUGCGACCAUGGAACCCUUAAUGCUCCUGGCAGAGAAGCGGGUGGCAUGAACAUCGGUUCUGGAGCUCCCCGAGCCCCAGGUACUGGCAGCGAUCACUACCUGGGCUUUGGACCGCUCCAAUUGGCAGCUCAAUCGGCUCGGUGUUAUGUACGCUUCUGGGAUACCGCGCCGUGGCUACCCUCACUUUUCGGCACGUUGGCGAACCGCCCGAUCAUUAUCACCAACAAAGAGGACACCUUUCUCCUGAAGAGAAAGCGAGCGGUUGGUCUUCCUCCGUGGAAAUGCACUCUCCUGGUCCACGCAAAGAGUGCGGAGGCUUUGGCAGACAAUGAUAAUGUCUACACGAGUGUGCCCACCUUGACACACGACGAAGCCCCGCAUACUGAUGACGGGCGCCCCACAUCCUCCGACACGAUUGAGCCAACUACGACCCUCGCAGACGCCGAAGGUGACGUGCGCUUUUCACCCUCUGAGCCGACCACCAACACGGCCACGCUGGACCAGAAGUGUGCAUGGAACGUACCUGUGGCCCUUCUCCGCACGAUCCUCGAUACUUGUGGUGAAUGUAUUCGGACCGGCUUGCAGGGUGGCCGCAAGAAGGGUUUACUGCAACAACCGACCCGGCCGGCCACCAUCGGAGCUGAGGUAAACUUGGACUACCUCUCCGUUGGCCCAGAUGGAGAGGGUUACAACACAAUCUUGGCAGCACAGGAUGGGUUCUCGCAGCUGGCACUUGUAUGCGAGCUGAUCACGAUUUCGAACGAGGAUGCAGGCGACUCUGAUUUGGUUGCCUCGGUCCAAGCUCCACUUUUGGACCACUAUCUACAGGCCCUGGCCCAUUUUGAAAAAGCGAAACGAGCCCAGAAGAAGGCGGCCGACGUGGACAGAAUUGACUGUCCUAUGAUCGGGAUUGGCCGCCAGUUGCACAAGAGUUUGCUGCCAGAAAUUGGCCAGGUUGUCCCAGGUAUGAUACUCUCAACGAAGCUAAUAGAUCACUCCAUAGCAUUCACAACCUAUGCAGGAAUUCGGGUACAACCCUAUCGGAUACGGCGAAAUACAAAGAUGUCUAUAAUGGUGAAAAACUCAAAGGUUGGCAAAAUUUCGGCAACUGGAUCACUAGAUUGCGCAUGGAGUUGGCACACUUUGGUGUACUUCAACGCUGUCAUUCAAUGUGCAACGAACGCAGCGCCAGGGGAGGACCAGACCCAGCCGCAGACUGGAAAUUCACAGACGCUUCUGGGGCGCACUGCUGAUCUUAACAGCUUUACAUCGACGGGCUCACCUGAUACAACGCUACAAGCUUUGGAGGAGAUUCGCCAACACUUGGUCGACGUCGGUGAAAACAUCCCAGAGAAGUACCAGAUUUGUGCUCUACCCUAUAGCCUCGAUGACAACUAG